UGACAACAUAAAAUCUCCAAUCCAUAGCUUUCCAUCUUGUCUUCUCUCUCUCUAUAUAUCCAUCCUCUAAGUGGGUCCUUUGAGCCAAAAAAUGCAUCUACAUAAGCACUUGGUUAUACUGCUAACAAUCUUGGGUUCAACCCUCUCUUGCUCUUCUUAUGGAACUCACCAUCAACCUAUCAAACCAACAAGAAACCUAUUAGCACGAGCCAGCCUCAAGCCGUGGCCGGUCAAUGUAGAUCACUAUGGAGCCAUGGCUAACGGCACCGAUGAUUCUGAUGCAUUUAGGGAAGCAUGGAGGAGUGCUUGUAGUUCUUCUAAGGGAACUGAGUUUGUGGUUCCAAAGAACAAAGUGUAUCAUCUCAAGCCCAUCAAAUUUUCUGGUCCUUGUAAUCCAAAUUUGAAAGUCAAGAUUUAUGGGACAAUCAAAGCUUCUUCACAUCGAUCAGACUACGAAAAAGACCGAAGACAUUGGAUCGUGUUUGAAGAUCUUGAAGAUUUAACUGUUGAAGGUGGAGGAACCAUCAAUGGAAAUGGAAGAAUUUGGUGGAUUAAAUCUUGCAAAGUUGACGAAACUCAACCCUGCAUCGGUGCACCAACGGCAGUAAGUUUUAGGAACUGCACAAGAUUGAGAGUAAAUAAUAUAAGGAUUAAAAAUCCACAGCAAAUGCAUUUAACUUUCCAAAAUUCAAUAAAUGUGAGAGCUUCAAAUCUGAGGAUCAUUGCACCUGCUAAUAGCCCCAACACUGAUGGGAUACACAUAACUGCUUCUCAAAAUGUUCAGGUCUUCAAUUCUUUGGUAAAAACAGGUGAUGAUUGUGUUUCAAUCGUAGACGGAUCACGAAACAUUGUAGUUAGGAAACUUACAUGUGGUCCAGGUCACGGAAUCAGUAUUGGAAGUUUGGGAAAGAACAAUUCAGAGGACAAAGUGUCAAAUAUAUUAGUGGAUAAAGCAAUAAUUUCAAAUACCACAAAUGGAGUCAGAAUUAAAAGUUGGCAGGGAGGGUCUGGAUAUGCCAGAAACAUCAAAUUCCAAAACAUCGUAAUGCAUAAUGUGACUAAUCCAAUUAUAGUGGAUCAGAACUAUUGUGAUCGCAAAGAAGAAUGCCCAGAACAGAAAUCUGCGGUACAAAUGCAAAAUGUGGUCUACAGGAACAUAAAAGGAACAAGUAAUUCCGAAGUAGCCAUAAACUUUGAUUGUAGUAAGACUUUCCCAUGUCAAGCGAUUUUGUUGGAGAAUAUCGAUCUAAAUCGUCAAGGGAAUGAAGGAGACAUGAAAGCAUCAUGUUCGAAUGUCAGGUUAACGACAAGAGGGAAGGUUACACCGCGUUGCAAAUGAUUAAAAGUUUAGAACAUACAAAAAAUAUAAAAAAAUGAAAAAUGGUGAGGAUUUGUAAAUUUUUUAGUAAACAUUACUUUAUGUUUGUGAUAGAUUAUAUUGAUCGAGUUGUCAUAGUAAUAUUGUGUUAGUAAUACUAUAAAUAAACUUAAUGUCUUUCUUAA